AAUCUCCUUCUUCUUCUUUCCUUGUGUACAUAUAAAAAAAACAGAGCACCAUCAAUGGCUGCCAACAAGUUUGCAACCAUGUUACAUAGGAACACCAACAAAAUCACUCUUAUUCUCGUCUAUGCAGUUCUGGAGUGGAUUCUAAUCGCUCUUCUCCUCUUAAAUUCUCUGUUUUCUUUCCUGAUCAUCAAAUUCGCCGAUUAUUUCGGUCUCAAAAGGCCUUGCCUAUGGUGUUCAAGGCUUGAUCACAUCUUUGAGCCCCAAAAGAGCAACAAUUCUCAUAGAGAUCUCAUAUGUGAAGCUCACGCCACUGAGAUUUCCAAGCUUGGCUACUGCCUCAACCACCGGAAGCUCGCCGAAUCGCGGGACAUGUGCGAGGAUUGCUCGUCCUCUUCCUCCGAUACCGACUGCCACGAAUGGUCGAAAAAGUUUGCUUUCUUUCCUUGGAUGAAGCAGAUUGGUAUGACCAAGGAUGGUGGUGACGGAAAUGAUAAUGACAAGGUUGUUGAGACCAAUGAAAUUGGUGAGGAAGAGAAUUUGAAAAAGUGUUCUUGUUGUGGUGUGGACUUGAGCACCAGAUUCUACCCUCCUUGUAUUCUGAUCAACCCUUCUUGGGGGGUUUUGGAUUAUGCCCAGAAAAAGGAUUUUAUUGAAGCAGAACAAGAAGAAGGGAAUAUUGAUGCUCAAACUUAUGAAGGUGAUCACUCGGAUCAUAGCAGAUCAGAUUUUGUGGUUGAUCAUCAUGAAGAUGAACAGAGGAGUGAAGAGAACAGGGGAAUUGAGAUGGUUUUCGGGGUCGAUGAAGGUUCGGAAGAAAGAAGAGAAGAGGAAGUGAAAGAGAAUGGUUCAUUUUCUCAAACUAACUUUUUGUGCAGAGAAAUUGCAGCUGACGAAGAUGAAGAAUCAGAAGAAUCAGAAUCAGAAGAAGAAGAAGAGGAAGAAGAGGGAAAGUCCAUUGAAGAGGAGAACUUGGAGGUUUCCAUGGGGGACCAGCCUUGUGAGCAGAGUAAAGUCGAAGAAAAUAUUGGCAAAGAUACAUCUUCUGAUGCCCCUGUUCAUCACCAUUUGGAGUUCUUCAUAGGCCAGGAGGAUUGCAAUUUAAUUCCAAUUGAAUUGGUGGAAUCCGCCACCACUGAGAACCGAAAUCGGCGAAAGUACAAGGUGGAAGAUGAAAGAAGCUCUAGUAAUCAAGAUGUUAUAUUGGACUUUGAUAUGAACGUCAAGGCACAAGCUGAACAAGUCACAGAAACUUGGCAUAGCUCGGGAGAGAUGCUCGAAUUAAUUUCGUCGAAAGAGAGUGUAGAGGAGACCAAGCUUGAAGAAGCAGUUGAGUCAAAGGACUUGAGUGAGUGCAAAAGAAGCUCCUUUGCCUUUCAUGCAGAUGAAAUAGAUUCGGAGACAAGGCAGUUACAGCAACUAGCUGCCAUUCGGGCUACUCAAACCGUCUCCGACGAUGAAGACGGCCACAAUGACGAUGGUCAAGCAGUGGCAAGAGGAGAAAGUGAUUUAGAUGUUCAUCAAGAAUCUGAGGAUGAUAUUCAUAUGCAAAGUGAAGGAAUUGAUGGAGAAAUCUCAAUAGGGACUGAGAUUCCUGAUCAAGAACCGAUUGAUGAGAUUGAAACUCAAGAAAUCCAGCAUAUACAACAAGAACAAGACCCUUCUACAAGUUCUGUCAACUUGCCUAUUGAUGAUAAUCAUGAUUUUGAGAGAGCUGAGGAAGAAGUAGAAUUCAAGGCCUCAAUAGGGGAUAUAAAUCCAACAGAGGUGAACAAUCAUUCAGCAUUUUGUUUAGAACUCAGUGACAUUGAGGGAGACAAAGUUCCCGACACCCUGAGUUCUAUAGACAGUCUCCACGAGUUGCACAAGAAGCUGCUAUUACUUGAGAGAAGAGAAUCAGGAGCAGAAGAUUCCUUGGACGGCAGUGUGAUGAGUGAUAUCGAAGGCGGGGAUGGAAUCCCAGCCGUUGAGAAGCUAAAAUCCGUGCUGAAAGCAGAACGGAAGGCCUUAAACGCGUUGUAUGCAGAGCUGGAAGAAGAGAGGAGUGCUUCUGCAGUAGCGGCAAGUCAGACAAUGGCAAUGAUAAACAGGCUUCAGGAAGAAAAGGCAGCGAUGCAAAUGGAAGCCUUGCAGUACCAGAGAAUGAUGGAGGAGCAGUCCGAGUAUGAUCAGGAAGCUUUGCAGCUUCUGAAUGAGCUGAUGAUAAAGAGGGAGAGAGAGAAGCAAGAGCUCGAAAAGGAGCUCGAGAUUUAUCGAAAAAGAGUUCAGGAAUAUGAGGCCAAGGAGAGAGUAAUGGUGAGGAGAAUGAAAGAUUGCAGCAUAAUAAGCAGGACACCCUCUGUCUCUUGUAGCAAUGGUGAAGAUAGUGAUGGACUCUCCAUUGAUUUGAACAAUGAGGCGAAGGAAGAAGAUAGCCCCGAUGGGCACGAGGAGGUUGGCAACCAGAACACCCCUGCCGAUGCUGUUCUUUACUUGGAGGAAUCAUUGGCAAGCUUUGAGGAAGAGAGGCUAUCAAUAUUGGAUCAACUCAGAAUGUUGGAAGAGAAGCUCUUCACACUUAGUGAUGGAGAGGACCAACACUUUGAGGAUAUAAAAUCAAUUGAUCACCUCUAUAAGGAGAAUGGAAAUGGUUAUCAUGAGGAUUUAGAUGUGAUUAGUGGUGGUGAAGUAAAUGGGGUGGUCACAAAUGGCCAUUACAAGGAAAUGAAUGGAAAGCAUCCUCAUCACCAAGAGAGGAGAAUUAUGGGAGCCAAGGCCAAGAGACUCCUUCCCUUUUUCGAUGCUGCGGAGGCAGAAGCUGAAGAUGGAGUUUUGAAUGGAAACGGGGAGGGGUUCAAUUAUGUUUCGACGAAAAACUUCUCGGUGAUAGAGUUCGAACAUGAUAGCAAGAGGCUUGCUGUUGAGGAGGAGGUGGAUCAUGUCUAUGAGAGACUACAAGCUCUAGAAGCAGAUAGAGAGUUCCUCAAGCAUUGCAUAAGUUCAUUGAGGAAAGGAGACAAGGGAUUGUAUCUUCUUCAAGAGAUUUUGCAGCAUCUCCGCGAUCUAAGAAGCGUCGAGCAUCGGGUACGGAAUGUGGGGGAUGUUAGUUUGUAAUGACACGUGCAUUUUGAGCUUGACUACACUCAAGAACUUGAUAGAAAUGGCUGCAUUGAGUUAGGAAGGAAGCAUAAACAUACAAUGGUGUUAUAAUCAUAAAGAGCUUCAAUGCAAAUCCGGCAGUAUCAAGCUAAAGUUCAAUGGGGAAAUUCCCUGGAUGGAGAGGGAGCUCCUGAGUAAAUCCUUUUUUUUUUUUUUUUUGUUUUGGUGUCAAAGUAAGCCCAAAUAUUUGUGGGUUGUGCCCAUAGCCACCUUUUUCAGGGAGAGGGUGAUGAUGGGCUUGACUCUGUGUAAGCUAGUAGAGGGUUAUGAGAAAAGAAGAAGGGUAAAAAAGGAAACAGAAAAAAGGCAAUAUUUGCUUUGCUAAGCUGAAGAGAUCCAACAAAGAUUCAAGUGCCAGGUUCAUAGCACUAGUUUAAUUAGACAGUUUUAGAGCUAGACACUUUUUAUGUCCAUUUUUUAAUUUUUUUUUCUUUCUUUCUUUCUUUUGGGAAGGGAAGGGGUAAGUAACUCCUUUUUCUCUUUCUAAUAUCUUUGCGUCAUUUCAUCAUAUGGGGUUUGUUUAUUAUUAUAUUUAUUAUUUUGAGGGGCAAAAGUUGAGUUACUUGUAUACUACAUGUAUCCAUUUGUAAGUAUAUG